AUGAGGGUUCGCGAUCGACUAGUGAGAGAGAAUUGCGAGGCUGAGCAGACAUCGACAGUGGUGCUAUCUCCUCCCAAACCAGAGACCUAUUGCUGCCGAUUGAAAAUCUGGCCACUAAUUUUGUUUGGUAUAGAUCUAAUCAAAACCCAUGAGAGAAAGAUAGGCGAUGUUGGUGGGUGCUCUGAGCAACCUUGCAAUUUCCCGCUUGGCAACCUCGUGAGGAACCUAGAAUCCAACUACGUAAAUCGAGCCAAAACUGAGAAUCCGACGACGAAAAUCGACACCACCAAAACCUCUGCACUCUUCUCGUCGUCUCCUACGGACGAUUCAUUCGUUCAAUGGAAGAACCACCUUCCAAUUGCCAGAACCAGUUCUUGA